AUGGUCAAACUACUGAACAAAAUCCAGCCACAAGUAAAUGCUUGCUACACAAGUGAGUACGGGCGAACCAUUAUCAAGCAGAAGUCCGACGCCGAUGACAUCCGAAAGGCCGCCUUGGAUACAUAUCUCUCCCAGGAGGCGAAGCUUGAGUCAAACGGCGCAGGUUCCACUAAGCCGGACAUCGAGCUCUCCAAGAGAGUUUUCCGAGCGAUCCUAAAAAGGAUCAAAUGCUACGAGAACUCUCAGUCCAAAGAUGAUGAUAAGGAUACAACAUACGUGCCGGAUGUAGAAUCCGAAGCAGACGGCGACACUACUCCUGAGGGAGAUGAAGAUGUCGAGGAGGCCGGUCUCUGGAGAAGAUUCAUGACAUUGAAAUUCAACGCGCGAGAGUCCUGGAAGGAAUUUGCAGACCGCCACCAGCCAGAUGACAAUACACGGUACCUAAUGGCGUUACCCGAAUUUCCCGACGAGAAGUCGUGGACUGAAGACUUGGAGGACUGCGGGUACCUUCGUCUUGGUCUUUUGCUUCUAUACAACCACAUCCGCGGUAUCCCAACGGUACGUUUGGGCAGUUCUAUCCACAUCCAGUACCCGGAUAUUCCAGAGGAAGUUGUAGGUACCAACAAGACAGACACCUGGAACGCUCAAGGGGCCCAAGAAGAAGCAGAUGAAGGAGUUUCUGAAGCGGAUCUGGCGGAGUAG